AUGUUACUCAUUCAUGUCUUUAAUUGCCAAGCUCCAGACACAGGUAAUAUGGAAGUUUUGAUUAAAUAUGGGAACGCCGAACAAAAGAAGAAGUGGCUCAUACCGCUCUUGGAUGGUGAAAUAAAAAGUUGUUUUGCGAUGACUGAACCGGACGUGGCGAGCAGUGAUGCCACCAACAUUCAGGGUUUGAUUGUACGCGAUGAAGGCGAAUACGUCAUUAAUGCGAGGAAAUGGUUUACGAGCAAUGCUGCUCAUCCACACUGUAAAAUAUGCAUAUUUAUGGGUCAAGUAGCUGGUCAGAAGAACUCUCGUCUACAUCGCCAGUCAAUGGUGCUCGUCCCGAUGGAUCAAAGUGGCAUAGAAAUUGUUAGGAAUUUGACUGUUCUUGGUGGCGAUGAUGCUCCAAGUGGACAUUGCGAAAUUCUCUUUACUAAUGUUCGCGUACCAGUAGAAAACAUAAUACUUGGUGAAGGUCGUGGAUUCGAAAUUGCGCAGGGAAGACUAGGUCCUGGAAGAAUUCACCACGCAAUGCGAUUGAUUGGUCAUGCUGAACGCGCUAUAGACAUUAUGAAGGAAAGGGUCAAAACUCGUAUUGCUUUCCGAAAGCACCUUAAAGAAUUUGAUUCCAUUCGAAAACAAAUAGCAAUGUCACGGUGUGAAGUUGAACAAGCAAGGCUUUUAGUGCUGAAAGCGGCACAGAUGAUUGACACGCGAGGAUCAAAGGUUGGUACUGCGCUACGCGAAGUUUUUCCCUAA